AUGAGUACCAACCACAACACUAUAGCCUUUGAAGGCCAUAGGAAUUUCCGCUUGAGGUUAAUAUUGGCCACGUUAAGUGGGAAGCUGGUGAAAAUUAUCAAAAUCCGAUCCCAUGAUUUGAAUCCUGGUUUAAAAGAUUAUGAAGUAUCCUUCUUAAGACUACUUGAAUCAGUCACUAAUGGUUCGCAUAUAGAGAUAUCGUACACUGGUACAACAGUUAUAUACCGUCCCGGAAUUGUUAUAGGUGGUGAAGUCACUCACAAUUGCCCUCAUUCCAAACCUAUGGGUUACUUUAUUUUACCUAUGUUGAUGUUGGCACCAUUUUCGAAAAAGAAAUUUAGCAUACUAUUCAAAGGUGUCACGAAUGCGAAUGAUGAUACGGGAGUGGAUGCAAUAAAGUGGGGACUACUCCCAAUCAUGGAAAAGUUUGGUGUUCGUGAUUGUUUAUUGCAUAUCUUGAAGAGAGGUUCUCUCCCUGAUGGAGGUGGCGAGGUACAUUUGAUUUGUAAUUCCUUGAUACCGACACCCUUGACUAUACAUGCAAUUGACUUGCCAAAAUUUUCGGUGAUUCGUGGUGUAGCGUACUGCACUCGAGUGAGUCCAUCUAUUGCAAAUCGUAUGAUAGAUGCUGCAAGGGCAACGUUGAAGCCAAGUGGUUGUGAAGUCAAUAUAACCGCUGACGUUUGGAGGGGUGAAAAUUCAGGAAAAUCACCCGGAUUUGGUAUUACACUUGUUGCCGAAUCGAAAAAGGGUUGGCGAAUAGUUGUGGAAAAUGUUGGUCAAGCAAAAACACUACCAGAAGAUUUGGGUGAAUUGACUGCUUUGCAAUUGAUGACAGAAAUAACACAAAGUGGCACAAUUGGUAGGUAUCAGCUAAUUAUGAGCCUUGUCUUCAUGACAAUUGGUAAAGAGGAUAUUGGUCGCAUAAAAAUACACAAAUCCGGAAUUGACGAAAAUUUGAUUUAUGCUCUACGAGACAUAAAGAACAUUUUUGGAUCAGAAGCUUUCUUUACUGAAGACGAAGAGGAACCCAAUUUUAUGAUAUUGUCAAUAAAGGGUAGUGGAUUUACAAACAUCUCGAAAAAGGUUGCAUGA